CGGAUGUCCGCACAUUUGACCAGCUGGAAAAUGGUGUGUUUAUCAGGGACGACCUGUCUUCUGCAGGGCAUCUUAUGCUGUGAGCCUGGCCCCAGAUUUCGUACAGUGAAGUCCUAGCCCCCAGAGCCUCAGAACCUGAGCUAGUUUGGAUGUGAUUUGUACUGAGGUAGUAGGAUGGGCCUAAUCCGAUACGACCGUGUCCUUGUAGGAGGGGACACUGGGACAGACACGCACACAGGGAGGCGGCAGAGGCAGAGGUGGGUGACGCUUCCACGGGCCAAGGACGCUGAGCCAGUCACCACAGAAGCUGACGGAGGCCAGGAUGCAGCCCCCGGUGGGGCCUUUGGAGGGAGUCCUGCCCGCACCUUGGCCUCGGUCGGGCUCUGGCCUCCAGUCGGGCGGCACUGAAGUUCUAUUGUUUUGUCUGCCCAGUCCGGUGGCCCCGGGAAACUUCAGGAGCAGCAAAGAACUGGGGAACGAGUCUGGGGAGAGCAGCGCGUGGGGCCCAACUCGAGAAAUGAUUCGGGUGCUUGGGACCGUGAAGGGGGUUCUCAUCACCUUGGGUCCCUCCCCCAAAGAUACCUUCCUGGGGGCUGAGCUGGUCACAGGGCCUUCUCCCUCUGGAGCUGGCUUGGGCUGGAGUUUGGGAGUUUGUGGAUGUCCAACUUCAGUCCUUACUGUUCUAGGGGUUUUGUUUGUGUAGGAUGUUGUUGCUUUGUUUUUUGUUGGGUUUUUUUUUGCGGUACACGGGCCUCUCACUGUUGUGGCCUCUCCCGUUGCGGAGCACAGGCUCCGGACGCGCAGGCUCAGCGGCCAUGGCUCACGGGCCCAGCCGCUCCGCGGCAUGUGGGAUCCUCCCGGACCGGGGCACGAACCCGCGUCCCUUGCAUCGGCAGGCGGACUCCCAACCACUGCGCCACCAGGGAAGCCCUGUCGCUUUGUUUUUAAAGGAUGCUUCUUCAAGGGUGAGGGAUGAAGGUGCCCCUGGGUUACUUGGCCUAGAUGUUCUGAUUUUCUGUUUGGGUGAGAAAGUCGCUUCGACUGUGGAUGGGUGUUCUCCUCCUUUCUGGAAUAUUUGUUUGCUCGGAGGGUUGGCUGCAGCCUGUAGGAUUCUGUUCAGAGCGCCACGUGCCCGACGACAGAGUCCGUAGAAGAGACCACCCCAGGAUCCCAGAUGAACAGCCGGCGGGAAGAUAUGGAAAUCGCGUCCCACUACCGGCAUCUGCUCCACGAGCUCGACGAGCAGCGGCAGCACGGCGUGCUGUGCGACGUGUGCGUGGUGGUCGAGGGCAAGGUCUUCAAGGCCCACAAGAACGUCCUGCUCGGCAGCAGCCGUUACUUUAAGACGCUCUACUGCCAGGUGCAGAAGGCGUCCGGCCAGGCCACGGUCACGCACCUGGACAUCGUCACGGCCCAGGGCUUCAAGGCCAUCAUCGACUUCAUGUACUCCGCCCACCUGGCCCUCACCAGCAGGAACGUCAUCGAGGUGAUGUCCGCGGCCAGCUUCCUGCAGAUGACGGACAUCGUGCAGGCCUGCCACGACUUCAUCAAGGCCGCGCUGGACAUCAGCAUCAAGCCGGACGCCUCGGACGAGCUCUCGGAGUUCGAGGUGGGCGCCCCACCCAGCAGCGGCGCGGACGCCCUCAUCUCCGCCGUCAUGGCCGGGAGGAGCAUCUCCCCGUGGCUGGCCCGCCGCACGAGCCCCGCCAACUCUUCUGGGGACUCGGCCAUCGCCAGCUGCCACGAGGGCGGGAGCAGCUGCGGGAAGGAGGACCAGGAGCCCAAGGCCGACGGCCCCGCGGACCUGUCCUCCCAGCCGCUGUGGCCUGGCGACGUGGGCUACGGGCCCCUGCACAUCAAGGAGGAGCGGCUCUCGCCGGCUCACUACGGGGGCAGCGAGCCGCCGUCCGCCGGGGAUGGGGCCGCUCAGAACUCCUUCUCAGAGCAGGCGGCAGGGGACGGCUGGCAGCCCACGGGCCGGAGGAAGAACCGCAAGAACAAAGACACGGUCCGGCACAUCACGCAGCAGGUGGAGGACGACAGCCGGGCCGGCUCCCCGCUGCCAUCUUUCCUCCCGACGUCCGGGUGGCCCUUCAGCAGCCGAGACUCAAACGCGGACUUGACCGUCGCUGAAGCCAGCAGCUCCGACAGCCGCGGGGAGAGGCCCGAGCUCUACGCGCAUGUGGACGAGGGGCUCCUGGGAGGAGAAGGCAGCUACCUGGGAGCCCCGCUCACCCCGGAGAAGGACGACGCGCUGCACCAGGCCACCGCGGUGGCCAACCUGCGGGCGGCGCUCAUGAGUAAGAACAGCUUGCUGGCCCUCAAGGCCGACGUGCUGGCGGACGACAGCUCCCUGCUGCUGGAGUACCUGCCCAAGGGCACCCACUCCCUGUCCCUGAAUGAGUUCACGGUCAUCAGGAAGAAGUUCCGCUGCCCCUACUGCAGCUUCUCGGCCAUGCACCAGUGCAUCCUCAAGAGACACAUGCGCUCCCACACGGGCGAGCGGCCCUACCCCUGCGAGAUCUGCGGGAAGAAGUUCACGCGGCGCGAGCACAUGAAGCGGCACACGCUGGUGCACAGCAAGGACAAGAAGUACGUGUGCAAGCUGUGUAGCCGCGUGUUCAUGUCGGCCGCCAGCGUGGGCAUCAAGCACGGCUCGCGGCGCCACGGCGUGUGUGCCGACUGCGCGGGUGGCGGCGGGGCCGGGCCCCUGGAUGGCGGCGGCGCCGAGGGCUCUCCUGAGCUGUUCGCGGGCGACGGGCCGUACCUGGAGGACCCCGAGGACCCACGCGGCGAGGGCGAAGAGGAGCUGGGCGAGGACGAGGACGACGUGGGCCUGGCCCCCGAGGACGCACUACUGGGGGACGACAGGGAGGUCGAGGACUCGCCGCGGGGGCCUCGCAGCCCUGCCGGGGGCACCGACAAGGACUUCACCUGGAUCUCCUAGGCUGGGCCGGGCACUGGGCCGCGGCCGCCCCCGCCUGCGUGCGCCCCGGGCCCCCUUCACCUGCUCUCCCCCACCCCUCGAGGACACCCGGGGCUCAUAGGCGGGCGCUGCCCCAGCGAGUGGGGCUGGGGACGCGCGUGGGGCGGGUCUGAGCCCAGGGAGAGCCCUUGUCACCUCCCCCAGCAGGGGCGCGGGGCGGGCAUCAGGGGUGCCCAGGACGCACCGGUCUGGCGUCGGACGCGCCGUGACGUGUGGUCCGGAAAGGGCCAGCGCUGGCUGUGGUCCCAAGUGUGGCCCCGAGGCCCGGGUCCGGGAGCUGUUAGGAGAGUUCUCCUCACCCUGGGCCCGUCCAGGGCCGAGUCCCCCCGCCUCCGCUCCCCCUUCUCAGCAGUGGGGUCACUGCUGGCGGCUGCCACUGCCCCCGCCCUCGAGGGCUGUGCCGUCCGGUGGCAGCCUGCGAGAUCCAGGUCUGGCGUCCAGAAAGCCCCGCGGCCCCCCCGCCUCUGGGCUUUGGUGCUCAACACACAGCAGCAGCCGACCUCGGCCCGGGUGCCCAGGUGCUACCCACCCCCGAGGCAGCUGGGCAGGGGGCCCAGGUGCUACCCCCCCCCCCGAGGCAGCUGGGCAGGGGCCCAGGUGCUCCCACCGUAGGGGCCUCCUCUUUCUUUGUGUGCACUUCUCUGGGCCGGCUCGCCCCUCCGCCCCUCCCGUCCUGCCGUGCCCAGGCCACUCCUGCUGACCGCUCCGGGCGGCUUGCCUUCGUUGCUGCUCACGCCGCCUGCGGGGGCCGCCCCUCCCCAGGUGCUCGGGCCCCAGUUCCGUGAGUAGCUAAGGAAACUGAGGCUGGCACGUGACAUGGUUCUGUUUGGCGUUAUCUUUCCCGCUCGACCACACUCGCAGACGUGUCUUUCCUUUGGUUUCUUCCCAAGCCCCCUCGCCGUCUUUUAAACACGCUUACGACCCCUUCUCUAUCUUUUUUCUGAGAAGCCGGGGUCCCGCCGUGUGCUGUGAGGACACUGUGGGCCCAACCCCGGCCCGUCUCCCUUUCAGGCUCAUGACACGUACAUUCCAUCCCCUCCACCCGCCUCGCUUGGGAGCCGCUGCGGGACACCGUGCCAGGGCCCCUUGGGUGCUGAGCUAGAGCCGAAGGAGACGCUGGCUUGAUUUUCUCUCUCCCCACAGCCUGCAAGCCGAGUGGCUUUACUGCAUUUCUCCCGGGUCCCAUCUACUCUUUCUAGGUGGAGAAAGGCAAACCCCACAGAACCCUCCUUAGUAAGUGGCUGGCUGCGUGGACACGGACGGGUGCUGUCCUUGAAGCCCUGCCCGGGGAGGAGUCGCAGCGUCAUUUUCUGUUUUGCCUUGUUUUAAACAUAGCCACCUUUCUCUCAGUCAGAAGAGGGCUGCCCUCCCAUCCUCAGCUGGGGACGCUGCGAACUCCUCAACGCCGGCAUACUUAGGGAAGGGCCGGGCCGGGCCGGGGGCAGGAGCCCAGGGCAGGUUGGGGUGCCUCCGGGGCCGGUGCCCCGGUCUGCCUUUCACAGUGGGGCUCCCCACUGUGUACCUUUCCCCCACUUUCUAACCCCUUUUAUAAACAGACUUACUUUCUUAUCAAAUGCGUUUGGAAACCAGACCUUUGCUGCCAAGCGUCUCUGGGUUUUGUACGGGGCCACCUCUCAGCCCGCCGCCCGCGCCCCGGGCCACCUUUGCGCCACACUCAGGACCUGCUCACUCCCGCUCUGGACCGUCCUGGCUGACUUUUAACGGGGCCCUCAGUGCCACAAGGGCAUUUUCUUCCUCAAAACAAUACCCUGGAAAACCGAGGGUCCCACCUCCCGCCCCCGAGCCCCGUGUGUUCACUAUUCUCGUGUGCGGUUAACUCGAGAGCUGGAUUUCAGAGAUGCAGGCGAACACAUCGCCUCCAGAGGCGUGGAGGGAAAGACGUGUAACGAAGGUUUCUUUUUUAACGUGAUCUUUUUUUUCCCCCAAAUCAAUGUUUAAACUAAUAAAUAUUUUUUUAUGAAGCGGAAAAGCGUGUAGAUCACAUCUCACAUUUUGUACCUUUCCGUCUGUGUGCGUCUGUGUUUGGUGUCUGCAACGCCGAUGUGGGACGCGGUCCAUCAGGCGGCAAGGUCUUUGGGGGUGGGGGAGGGGCGGGGAACCAAGAUUUUGUAUCAAGCUCUGGAUCCUGACCGGGUUGUAUGCUUGAACUCUGGGUUUGGGAACAGUCACAACACUGCCAGGACUGGAUAGGGACCUCAACUGAAAGAACACAGCUACUGCUUCCAACUUUGCACAUCUUCCUUUUUAAAAAAGAGAACUCUGAAAAAAUGCAAAAACUGGAACUUUUUGCAAUAUUAUAUGAAAUAUAAUCUUAUUUUCGCUCAUUCUGUGACAUGUGCAACUCUUAAGAAAGCCAUACUUAAUGGUGUUUUUAUUUUUUAGAUCCUAUAUUGUGUUUUGUAUGUGGCCCUUUUUAGAACUACUUGUAGUGAGGGCGCUGUGUGUGUGCUUUUCUUAAAUAUUUAUUUUUUCAACAUGCUUUCAACCUGUCAACACAAACAAAACAGAAAAAGGGCAGUGUUUGAAGACUGUUGAUUUUUUUCUGGGGAUAAUCUAUAUUAUAUCGACUUUAUAUGAAUUACUAUAAACCUGUGUUUGUAUUGGAGAUGCGUUUCAUAUUUGGGGCGUCUUUUGUAACUGGUCAGUGGGGCAUCACGGCCGUCGCCUGCUUCCCCGGAGCCGCCGACGGCCAACAGCGCCUCCUCCCUAGUGGUCCUGAGAUUUCUUGUCCGCCGGGCGCACUCCGGGCCCGCCUGUGCGUCUCCUUUCUGUGACGGGAUUAGUUAGACUUUCUUGCAAAGCGAUCACUUUCAAUAAACUGGGAAAUUGCUGCUUGA